AUGUCUGUAUUAUUUCAUGUGGUUGCGGUGGUUUCUAUGCUAACGACGAGUUUCAUUGGAUUCUUCGUCAACGUCUAUAUAUUUUGGAGGUUCGUUAGAAAACCUGGAGCGUUCAGUGACUUUCAUAAAUUUUGUCUAAUUAAAACCAUUCCGGAUAUGUUUGUCUGUGGAGCCUUUCUGUUUUGGGUAGUUCCAGUCACAGCCCUAUCCUUGACAUACGCUAAAGUACCGUAUCUCCCAAAUGUAUUUAUCGGGCAAAUAGCUAGUGGAGGAGCCUAUAUCUUGGGAGCCAGUAUCCAAAUGUGUAUGGCAGCUAACCGAUUCUUUGUGAUCUAUUUUCCAUUCCGACAACACAAAUCUAAACGAUCCUAUGCCACGUACUGCGCAAUUACAGUCUGUCUGGCACUUGCUGUAACUUAUACUCUGCUUGGUUUGAGAAAACUCUGCGCCUAUGUUUAUGAUCCAGAAAUCUUCUCUUGGAGAGUCGAAGAAUCCGAGUGUGCUGAUCAAAUGACAACUCUCAUUUUCUGGUCGAUUAUAGUGUUGGCUGUUUCAUCGAACAGCUUCAAUGUACUCACAGCAAUGAAGUUCUUGUGCGCUUCGACUUCCGGUAUCCGCCAAGCUGAUGCCGCCCGUCGUCGUAAGAAGCGUCUUUGGCUCUUUGUCCAAUGUGUCAUACAGGAUUGCCUUCACCUUACAGACCUAGUCAACAGUAUUUUUCUCUUUGAACUCAGCGACCAAGUCUGGUUCCGCUACAUCUUUCUGUGCUACUCAUUUCUCGCUAUUCACGCUGCAGAUGGAAUAGUCAUGCUCUAUUUCAACCCGGAAGUCCAACCCAAUUGGUGUCGUUCCAUUGGAUUCAAGCGUCAUUCGUCUAGAACUGGCGUGGUUGUUGUAUCAUCACAUCACUCA